CGCUCGGCAGACAUGGACUUGCAUUGUGAUUGUGCUGCCGAAACGCCGGCCGCCGAGCCGCCGGCGGGCAAGAUCAAUAAAACCGCCUUCAAAUUGUUUAAGAAGAGGAAAUCGGGGGGCACCAUGCCCAGCAUCUUCGGGGUCAGGAGCAAAGGGGACGGGAAGGGCUCGGCCAAGCCGGGCAUGGUGAGGAGCCGGACUCACGACGGCCUGGCCGAGGUGGCCGUGCUGGAGGGCGCCAGGAAGGAGGACCCGCGCGCGGGCGGCGCGGGCGGCCGCGGGGACCCGGCCCCAGCCGAGCCCCCCAGGGCGGCCGUGAGCGCCGUGGGCUCGCUGGCCCCCAGCUCGGUGGCCAAGUCGCACAGUUUCUUCUCGCUCCUGAAAAAGAACGGGCGCUCGGAAAACGGCAAAGGCGAGCCGGCCGAGCCGCACAAGGCCGGCGGCAAACAAAAGCGGGGGCUGAAAGGUAUCUUCAACAGCAUGCGCUGGCCCCGCAAGGACAAGCGGGCCAAGGAGGAGGACAAGGAGGAGCCCCCCGGCGGCCAGGCCGGACUCAUUCUGCCCGGGUCCCUCACCGCCAGCCUGGAGUGCGUCAAGGAGGGCGCCCCCCGACCCGCGGGCGAGCCCGCCGGCGCCGGCAAGGACGCUCCGCAGGCGCCACCAGGUGAGCCGCGCGGGGGAGAGCAGGUGGCCGCGCCCGCGGACCAGGCUGCAGAGCGGCGCGCCGGCGAGGCCGGGAGCCCCGGGUUACGUAAGGACGCGAGCACGCGGCCGGAGCAGCCCGGCCAUCGCCGCCAGGAGAAGCCCCGGGGCCUCCCCGAAGUCCCGGCGGCGGCCGAGGACGCCUCCAGAACAGGUGACGUUCUGUUCCAGACCGUGCCCCUUGUUGAGUCUGAUUGUGGCAGUGGCCGAGAGUCCGCCGCCCCUGACCCUGCCUGUGUCGAUCCACCCUCAGAGCCAUCGAUUGAUCGUAUAUGUUUGAUGUUUUCUGACGUGGCUUCACUGAAAAGCUUUGACUCUCUUACAGGCUGUGGAGAUAUAAUUGCAGACCAGGAGGAGGGGGCAGGUCCCAGCUGUGACAAGAAUGCCCCGGGAACAAGCAAGCCAGUGCUCUCUAAAAAGAACGCCAGCAUGCUGGCCUACCAAGGAGGCGGGGAGGAGAUGGCCAGCCCGGAUGAGGUGGACAACACCUAUCUCCAGGAAUUCUGGGACAUGCUUUCGCAGACGGAGGAUCAAGGCCCAGGCCCCCAAGAGGUGGCGGUGAAGGCCACUGCAGCGCUGGAGACCAAGGGACUACUGGAGACCGCCAAGGACCCCCGCAGGGUGGAGGGGGCUAAGGAUGUGUCCUUGGUCAAACGCAGGAGGCUCAACCGGAUUCCCAUUGAGCCCCAGCAGAAGGAGGAUCCCAAGCACCCGGAGAAGGACCAGCAGGAAGGUGUCCCCAACAGUGACGAGGGCUACUGGGACUCAACCACGCCCGGCCCGGAAGAAGAAGGCACCAACAGCGGUAAGAAGGCGGGCCUGCCCCGGGAUAGCUACAGUGGGGAUGCGCUCUAUGAUCUAUACGCCGACCCGGACGAAAGCCCCACGGUCCCUCCUGUCACCGAAGACACGUCCUGCUUGUCCCGGUUAAAGCCGGUGUCACCGGUCACCAUAACCUGUCCCUUGCGAACACCAGGCAGUUUGCUGAAGGACUCUAAAAUCCCCAUUAGCAUCAAGCACCUCGCGAACCUUCCCUCCAGCCAUCCGGUGGUACACCAGCAACCCACCCGGAGUGAGAUGCCCAGAACAAAAAUCCCCGUUUCCAAAGUGCUGGUCCGCCGGGUCAGCAGCCGGGGCUUGGCCGGGACCACCAUGCGAGCGGCUGCGUGCCAUGACGGUGCCAAAAAGUUGUGA